AUGGGUUUGAUGAACGACCCCCCAGAGGCUCUUGAUGUGCCAGAAUGGGAAAGUGUCCAACAUCUUUGUGACGUUUUGAAACCUUUUGAAAAGGUGACUUGCGAGUUGAGUUCGGAAAAAUACUUGUCAGCAUCUAUGGCGCCUGUAUUUACAACUAUCGAUUCAAGAGAAGACAUUGCUCAAGCCGCUUUCCUUGACCCCCGAAUAAAAAAAUUGGGGCUCAAAUGUGAUGUCGCCAAAAAAAUUGAAAGUGAUAUUAUCUGCGAGUCAUCGGUAGUUGCACAAACUACCCAUAAUCUUGUUGAGGAUGUGGAAGGGGAUGAUGAAGAGAUUAGACGAAUCAUUGGUUUGUUUUUUCAAAGAAAUGGUCAAGGGUAUCCCAUUUGCAAUGAAGAUAACAUUCUUAUUGAAGUCACUCAGGGAGUUCACAAGAUUGCUUGUAGCAUAGAACUUGGGGGACCACAAAUCUGUGAUGCAAAUAAAGCAAAAGUUCAGUUCACUGUGCGUCGAGCAGGGGAAUAUUGUAUAUGUGUUUUAGUUGGCAUGACUCAUAUCAGAGGAAGUCCAUUUACUAAAACAUUCUUACCUGGUCCACCAGACCCACUUAAGACUUGUUUUGUCCAUCAUUGUUCCACAGUAGUUGGAAGUGAAGAUAUACCUACUCAGCUUUUCAUUGAACCUAGAGAUCGAUAUGGUAACCAUUGCACAGUUGAUAGUCAGUGUGAUCCGAGUAAUGAAUAUAGUGUUGAUAUCAUUGAAGUUACUUCAAGUAGGCCCAUACCAGAUUCUUUUCGAUGGGAAUGUUAUCCAUUAGUUUCUCGUUUGGCAUUAGUGCUAAAAUUUCCAAAAGAAGGCUGCUAUCGUGCAACUGUUUCUUAUAAAGGGCAGACUAUUCAAAAUGGAGAUUUUCAUGUAAUUGUUUUAAAUAAAGAAGAAGCUUUUAUGGUACAAAAAAAUGUUGCUAAGAAGAAUAAAUGCUAUGAGGUUAAAUUACUGGCUAUCAAUGGAGAGCGAAAUCAAAAACCAAAAAAAGUGUACUGUUACAUAUCACCAAAGCAACUUACAUUGAAGGAAUACAUGUGGAAAUUUUUUCCUAAACAUCUUAUUACAUUUCGCCUUUGUCCUUCGACAAAGUUCAAAUUUCAAAGUAGUAGGAAUUAUCUGCAAGGCGAACCAGUUUUACUUAUCGAUGAUGGUUGCCAGCAAGAAGUUGAGCUUAUUUCACCUGACCGGAACAUUAUUGCAGCAACCUUCACACAGUUUUUAUUGAAGAACAUAGGUGGCUCUGAAACAUUCAAAGACAAGCAAGAUUUUUUUUAUCACGAAGUACGAAAAUAUCACCAGAAGCAUUUCCAUGAUAAGUUACCAUUAAAAAUUUCAAGAGAAUCUAUUCUAGAAUCUUCCAUAAAAGAAACCAAGAGUUUUAGCGUAAGUGACUGGUGCAAGAACUUUGAAUUUACAUUUGUUGGUGAAGAAGGUUUAGAUUGGGGUGGUCUUAGAAAAGAAUGGUUUGAGCUUGUUUGUUCAUCCUUAUUUGACCAUGAAAAUCUGCUCUUCCACACUUUCAAAAGUGAUAAGCAAGGACUUGUACACCCAUGCCCAUCUUAUAAAAGGCCUGCAAAUCUCAAACUUAAAUAUUAUGAAUUUGCUGGAAAAAUUGUUGGGAAAUGCUUAUAUGAAUCUGCUUUAGGAAGCUCAUAUCGCCAACUAGUCAAAGCUAAAUUUUCCAGAUCAUUUUUAGCACAAUUAAUUGGCCUAAGUGUACAUUAUAAG